CCAUCCUUCGUACCUGUUAAGUGCUAUUGAUUCCAAUCUUUAUAACAUAAUCAACUUCUUAUCCUCCCUCUAACCCAGGGAACAACAAGGGCAAAAUAACCACAAUGGAUAAGUCCGACCUCCUGUUAUAUGCCAAGGAGUAUGCGACCACACAGGAUCUGUACGAGCUUCUGGGUGUAACAUCUGACACGCCCAAAGAAGACAUCCACCGCGCUUGGCGCAAGCGCAGCUUGAAAUACCAUCCUGAUAAAGCGGGAGCCAACUUCGACCCGGCGAAAUGGGAACUAUUCGAGCGAGCGCGGGACGUACUGUCCGACGCCCCAGCGCGCGAAGUCUACGACUCACAACGGUCCGCCGCCCUCCUGCGCGAACAGCAACGCCGCGCCAUGGACUCUAAGCGACGCGCUAUGGUAGAGGAUCUCGAAGCACGAGAACGCGGGGCCAUCAAGCGCCCGCGCGGUGAGGGCGACGGCCCUACGAUGAGCGAAGCCGAGAGGAGACGACUGGUCGAAGCUGGGAAACGGCGUCUAGAAGAGAGGCAGAGAUUAAUGAGAGAAGCGGAGGAGAGAGAAAGGCAGCGAGAAAAAGAACAAGCGGUACAAGCGAGUAAAGAGAACCAGAAAAAGGCACAGCCGCGAAAUCCAGAGGAACAAGGAGGUCCAAGAAAAGCACCAGAUACUUCGAGUGCAGCCGAGUCAAAGAUGGAUAUCGACCCAGAGCCACCAGCCAGGAACGGCGACGGCUAUGAUGAUCAGAUCGCAGACCUCGAGCGGCGACUAGAGGAGGCGCGGCAGCGGAAAGCAGCCAAGAAAGAAAAGAAGACGGGGAGGAAGAAUGGCGAUGAGAAGCACAAGACACAUGAGACUAUACCUACUCCCGAUGCCUCGCGAGGACCACAAGCUGACGAAAAGAAAGGCACUUCUACGUCGGGAACAGCGAAAACAUUUUCCUUCUCCGCCUCUACAGGCACCUCUGCGUCUACCAACGGCAAUACUACCACUAGCAGCAAGCCCAGGGCUAAAGGGGACUUCGCAUCAACGAUGGCUAGGCUGCGUGCCGCGCAGGCUGAGAAAGAGGCUCGGAAGAAGGCGGAAGAAGGUGCUGCUGCUGCUGAUGGGGUUGGCGCCUAGUUGGAUGAGGAGGAUCAAGUGCCCCUGUCUAGAUAGCUGCCAUCGUUCUCGAUUUUGUCUCUACUAACCUACAUAUUAUGAUACCCCGGGUCUUUUAUAGAAAGGAUUCUACUUGAAGUGCAUGCAUGCAUUAGAAUAAAAACGAUAUAUUCAAGGAUA